AAACUCCCAAACUCUCAGUGAAGUUUCUUCAGUGAGUGUGAGUGUGUCAGAAGUGACUUGCUCGUUAUUUAGACGCUUUUUACUUCACCUGCACUCUGGAAACACUCUGUUUGACUACUAGACCUCCAAACUACAGCAAAACAUCUGAGUGAACGUGGAGCAGUUAGUGAGGAGAUGAGAGGAGGAACAUCAGUCAGAAACGCCUUCAGAGAUCCUUACAUCCUUCGCAUGUCAGGAAGCUCUGCUCCUGGAAAGCAUGAGGAUCCUGGUGAAUCUGCUGCUGGACACGCUGCCGAUGUUGGGGAACGUGCUGCUGCUGUGCUUCUUCGUCUUCUUCGUCUUCGGCAUCAUCGGUGUGCAGCUCUGGGCUGGACUUCUGCGCAACCGCUGCUAUCCGGAGGAGAACUUCACCCUCUCAGCAGGUGUGGCACUCCCUGCUCCAUACUACUCUCCUAGUGAGGAGGACGAGAGGCCCUUCAUCUGCUCUCUGCCGCAGGAUAAUGGCAUCAUGUCGUGCAGUGACGUGCCGGCGCGGCGUGUGGCGGGACAUCAGUGCUGUCUGGAAGUAGAUGAUCUCCUGCACCAUCAGGCACUGGGCCUCGUGACCGAGCCUUUUCUCAACGCCAGCGCCGUCGUCCCCGGGCUCUGUGUCAACUGGAACCGAUACUACACACGCUGCCACACCGGACACAGAAACCCACACAAAGGAGCCAUCAACUUUGACAACAUCGGAUACGCCUGGAUCGUUAUAUUUCAGGUUAUUACUCUGGAAGGCUGGGUGGAAAUAAUGUAUUACGUCAUGGAUGCUCACUCAUUCUACAACUUCAUCUACUUUAUUCUGCUGAUUAUAGUCGGCUCGUUCUUCAUGAUAAACCUGUGUUUGGUCGUCAUAGCGACUCAGUUUUCAGAGACCAAACAGCGUGAGCAUCAGCUGAUGCAGGAGCAGCGAGCCGCCUGUCUGUCCUCUAGCACGCUGGCCUCGCUGGUCGAACCCAGCGACUGCUACGAAGAGAUCUUCCAGCUCGUCUGCCAUGUCCUCCGCAAGGCUCGCAGACGCACUGCUGCCUUUUUCAGGAUACUCUGCCGCAAACCACCGGAGCAGAUGCAUAUGAAAACAAACAUCAACGGAGGAGAAAAGUGCUUCCAACAUCAUGAUGGAGCCACACCUUCCGCUUCAGCAGCCAAUCAGGAGACAGAGGAGGAGACAGCCGAGGAGAAAGACAGGUGCAUGAGGGCAGAGGGGGCGUGUCGGAGGCGGAGCAGAGAGCUGUGGAUGGAGAUGAGGGUCAAACUGCGGGGCAUCGUGGAGAGUAAAUACUUCAACAGAGGAAUCAUGGUGGCCAUCCUCAUCAACACCAUCAGCAUGGGCAUAGAGCAUCAUCAGCAGCCGGAGGAGCUCACUAAUGUUCUGGAGAUCUGUAACAUCGUCUUCACCAGUAUGUUUGCUCUGGAAAUGAUUCUCAAGCUCACAGCAUUCGGCUUCUUUAAUUACCUGCGCAAUCCAUACAACAUCUUUGAUGGGAUCAUCGUGAUCAUCAGCGUGUGUGAGAUCGUGGGUCAGUCUGACGGCGGUCUCUCGGUGCUCCGCACCUUCCGCUUGCUGCGGGUCCUGAAGCUGGUUCGGUUCAUGCCGGCGCUGCGCAGACAGCUGGUGGUUCUGAUGAAGACGAUGGACAAUGUGGCCACAUUCUGCAUGCUGCUGAUGCUCUUCAUCUUCAUCUUCAGUAUUUUGGGAAUGCAUAUAUUUGGCUGCAAGUUCAGUCUGAAGACAGACACCGGAGACACGGUCCCGGACAGAAAGAACUUUGACUCUCUGCUGUGGGCGAUCGUCACAGUGUUUCAGAUCCUGACUCAGGAGGACUGGAACGUGGUCCUGUAUAACGGCAUGGCCUCCACGUCUCCUCUGGUGGCUCUGUACUUCGUGGCUCUGAUGGCGUUUGGGAACUACGUGUUGUUCAACCUGCUGGUAGCUAUUCUGGUGGAGGGAUUUCAGGCUGAGGGUGAUGCCAAUCGCUCGUACUCUGAUGAUGAUGAUGAUGAAGGAUCUUCCUCUAAUGGAAGUGAACAGCACAAAAACUCGCUCACGUCCUCCGAUCCCAAGCUGUCGUCUCUCACUCCCAAUGGGCAUCUGGAUCUGGCGCCGCUGGCGGAGGAGAAGACCAGGACCGACUUCUCCGAGGAAAACCACCGGAGCAGAACCAUCUGCUUGGGCAGGAGAUCCUCGUCUCUGCGCCACAGCCGCAGUUCCCAUUACCACCACUGGGGGCGUCCUCCCCCUCAGCUGUCCUGGAGCCGGCGGUGUAGCUGGAACAGCGCGGGUCGCUCCACCCAUGGCCUGAGGGCCGGAGGGGUCAUCGGGGGGAGCUUACGGGUCCGCAGCGUUCACUCGAACCCCACCGAACACGAGUCUCUCCUGCCCCACCCGCCAUUCCUGUCGCGCCGACACCGCCGCGCUUUAUCACUCGAUCUGCCUGAGCUCCUGCAGCGCCCCCCGCUGGUCCGGAAGAAGAGCGUGUCUGCUGAACACCAUGACUGCAAUGGGAAGGGCCCGGGCCCUCAGGGGACGCUGCUGGGAGAGGUUUAUCCAGAGCUCAACGCACGCAAAGACAAGCACGACCUGGAGGAAGACACAGAAUAUAGCCUCUGCUUCCGUAUCCAGAAGAUGAUGGAGGUCUAUCGUCCGGACUGGUGUGAGAAGAGAGAGGAUUGGUCCGUUUACUUAUUCUCCCCUCAGAACAAGUUUCGUCUGCUGUGUCAGACGAUCAUCGCUCAUAAGCUCUUUGACUAUGUGGUUCUGGCUUUCAUCUUCCUCAACUGCAUCACAGUGGCUCUGGAGAGACCCAGAAUCCAUCAGGGCAGUCUGGUACGGUUCCUCACUCUCUUUCACAGUCUCGUCUGGCAGGAGGUGGUUUCUAAGGGUCUGUAUCUGGGGGAUCGUACGUAUCUGCGCAGCAGCUGGAACGUUCUGGAUGGGUUUCUCGUCUUCGUGUCUCUGAUUGAUAUUGUGGUGUCGAUGACGGGCGGAGCGAAGAUCCUGGGCGUCCUGCGGGUGCUCAGACUGCUGAGAACAUUACGCCCGCUCAGGGUGAUCAGUCGAGCUCCGGGUCUGAAGCUGGUGGUGGAGACUCUGAUCACGUCGCUGAAGCCCAUCGGAAACAUCGUCCUCAUCUGCUGCGCUUUCUUCAUCAUCUUCGGCAUCCUGGGAGUUCAGCCCGUCAUCAAUAACAACCCCUGGAUGCUGCUGUACUUCAUCUCCUUCCUGCUGAUCGUCAGUUUCUUCGUCUUGAACAUGUUUGUGGGUGUGGUGGUGGAGAACUUCCACAAGUGCCGGCAGCAUCAGGAGGUGGAGGAGGCGCGGCGGAGGGAGGAGAAGCGGCUGAAGCGCAUGGAGAAGAGGAGGCGCAAGGCCCAGCGGCUGCCGUAUUACUCCUCGUACGGUCGCGUUCGGCGGAUGAUUCACUCGUUCUGCACCAGUCAUUAUCUGGACCUCUUCAUCACCCUCAUCAUCUGCAUCAAUGUGGUCACCAUGAGCCUGGAGCACUACAACCAACCACGGUUGUUGAAGAUGGCCACAGGAAUGAGAGCGCUGCUCGAUACCGUGGUGCAGGCAUUACCACAGGUGGGGAAUCUGGGUUUGCUCUUUGUUCUGCUGUUCUUCAUCUAUGCUGCGCUCGGUGUCGAGUUGUUUGGAGAACUGGUGUGUAAUGUUGAAUACCCGUGUGAAGGCAUGAGUCGUCACGCCACGUUUGAAAACUUCGGCAUGGCGUUCCUCACUCUCUUCCAGGUGUCUACAGGAGAUAACUGGAACGGCAUCAUGAAGGACACGCUGCGCGAGUGUCCGCCGGGCGACAGCUACUCGUGUAACUCCAGCCUGCAGAUCAUCUCGCCCAUGUACUUCGUCAGCUUCGUUCUGACGGCUCAGUUCGUCCUGAUUAACGUGGUGGUGGCUGUACUGAUGAAGCACCUGGACGACUCCAAUAAAGAGGCGCAGGAGGACGCGGAGAUGGACGCGGAGAUCGAGAUGGAGCUGGCGCAGGGUGGCCUGAGCUGUCUGGGGCAUCCGGAGUGCUCGACUGGGGCCGAUGCGGGCGAGAGGCCAUCGAUUCACACCAACACUAACACCAGCCAGAGCGGAUUCACACAGGACCAGAGGAGACUCUACUCACCGGCACAGGUGUGUGUCGAUCCUGAAUAG